AUGCUGAAAGCGAGGAUGUGGGACCUGUCGAAGGUGAUCAAGAAGCAGUCGCCAUUGACGGUGGUGACCAAGACGAUCUGGUUCAUGAGCACGGCACGAAACGCCCUCGUCAUUAUCCUCGGCGGUUUCGUCGCCUUCUUCGUCAACGGACACGAUCCCGAGAAACCUCUCUCCCUCACCGGGGACGUGAACCCAGGCAUUCCUUCGUUCAGCCUUCCUUCCUUCGGAACCGUGAGGAACGGGACAGACGUGACUUUCUUAGAAAUGGUCUCCGGGCUGGGUCCUGCCAUUAUAAUCGUACCCAUCGUCGGCAUCCUGGAGAGCAUCGCCGUCUCCAAAGCCUUCGCUCGAGGGAAGACGAUUGACUUCAACCAAGAGAUUUUCGCACUUGGUUUAUGUAAUUUGGCUGGGUCUUUCUUCUCCUCCAUUCCGACCAGUGGGUCAUUGUCGAGAACUGUUGUGAAUGCCGCAUCUGGGGUGAAAACUCCUGCCGGGGGAAUCAUCACAGGUUCACUGGUAUUGCUGGCUUUAGGAGUUCUGACACCCUACUUCUUCUACAUCCCUAAGGCCUGCCUGGCAUCUGUCAUCAUCUGUGCGGUCAUCUUCAUGUUUGAAUACGAGGAACUCAUCAAGAUCUGGAAAGUCAACCGUUACGAAACUGGAUUUAAUCAACAAUAA